UCUACUCUUGAAGCCCGUAAUUCCAUUGAUCUUUCUCUGGUGUAUAAUUUAAUAAGAGAUGCCACAGAGGCAGAUUUGAUGUUCAAGGCAGGUCUGGUAAAUGUGUCUGGUUCGGAAAAUUUGAAAUAUGGAUUGGCACAGUGUACAAGAGAUAUCACCAGGCGUGCAUGUGAUGUCUGUUUGAAAAAUUUGGUGGAUUUUGGAAAGGGAUGUUGCCUACGCCAAAAAGGGUGGCGAGUUAUAGCCCCAAACUGUAAUUUAAGGGUCGAGGCCUACCGUUUCUAUGACAUACCAGGAGCUCUCCCUCCGUCUUUGCCUGCACCUGAUGAAGAUGGAGGGAACAGAGCAAGUAUCAUAGUUAUCAGCAUAUCAACAGCUGCAGCAGUGGCAAUUCUGCUUGGCCUAUUGUACUGUUCUUUUUUAUGGAGAAACAAAAGACCGGAGAGGGAUAUGAGUGAAGAGCUUCCUCUGCGAAAUCUGGUUGAUCGACAGCCAGUUAGCUUGACGAGGCAACAUUUGGAUGCAACAAAUCAAGACAAUGAUGGAGAUACAGAUAUUCAUUACUUCAGUUUGAGUACUCUACAGAUUGCUACGGAUGACUUUUCGGAUGCUAAUAGACUUGGAGAAGGCGGGUUUGGUCCAGUUUACAAGGGAAAGCUGAUGGGUGGUGAGGAAAUAGCAGUGAAAAGACUAUCAACAAAAUCAAGUCAAGGACAUGAAGAGUUCAAGAAUGAAGCAAAGGUCAUCUUGAAGCUUCAGCAUAAGAAUCUGGUCAGGCUCUUGGGAUGCUGUGUUGAAGGAGAAGAAAAACUUCUGGUCUAUGAGUACAUGGCAAAUACUAGUCUUGACGCCUUCUUGUUUGAUCCAUUGCAGUGCAAACAACUUGACUGGCUCAAGCGCAAAAACAUCGUCAAUGGGAUUGCAAGAGGAAUCCUCUACCUCCAUGAAGAUUCUCGACUCAAAAUCAUCCAUCGGGACUUGAAAGCAAGCAAUGUACUGUUAGAUGAAGAGAUGAAUCCAAAAAUAUCAGACUUUGGAACUGCCAGGAUAUUUGGAGGCAACCAAAUUGAUGCCAGCACCAACAGAAUAGUUGGCACGUAUGGUUAUAUGGCGCCGGAGUAUGCUAUGGAGGGACUCUUCUCAGUCAAGUCUGAUGUAUACAGUUUUGGAGUUCUUAUGCUAGAAGUGAUCAGUGGGAGAAAGAACAUUGGUUUUCUGAACAUAGACAGAGCGCAGAACCUUCUGUCACAUGCAUGGGAGCUAUGGGGCGAAGGCAGAGCAGAAGAAGUGGUAGACAAGAAUUUGGCUGAAGAUUGUCCUGUGGGUGAGGCUGUUAGAUGGAUCCACAUUGGGUUGUUGUGUGUUCAAGAGGAUCCUAACAUCAGACCCACCAUGUCAAUGGUGGUUCUAAUGCUUGGAAGCCAAUCGAUUCACCUUCCUCAGCCAUCAAAACCUCCAUUUCUUUCAGGUCGAGGGAUUCUCAUUGCAACACAUCAAUAUUCAACCACUGAAACAGGGACAGGGGAUGCUAAUAGUCGAUUCACCACAGAUCAGUCCUCUACUACUGCUUCUAUUGUACAGGUACUCGUACUAGAGAUAUUUCAAUCGUCUGUUUUUAUCCAUUUCAAGAACAAGUUCUGUUUCCUCUUUAUCUGCUACUCCCAAUCCCAAAUCAUGUUCUGUUUCCUCAAUUUCAGAGCUUCCCUAUUGACGUUGCUACUUCUGAUCUCAAUCUUUGGGUUCAGCCGCUCCCAUCAUUUCGAACCAAGCUAUAGGUUCCACAUCUGUUCAAGUGAUAGCGCAGCCAAUUUUACUCUGGGUUCGGACCUCAGCGGCCUACUGAGUUUGCUAUCCGAAGCUUCCUCCGACAGCUUCUACAACAGAAGCUUCAAUGCAAUGCACGGCCUCGUCCUCUGUCGAGGAGAUGUGCCCAGCGAUAACUGUCACAGUUGUGUCAGUGCUGCAAGAAAAGACAUAAGAGAUCGAUGUCCUUCAAGAGUAAACGCCACAAUAUGGUACGAUGAGUGUAUGCUGAGAUACUCAGACAAGAACUUCUUGGGGACUGUGGAGAUAUCGCCGAGGUUUCUCAUGGGCGAUUCCGGGAACCAGACAUCACCGGAUGAUCGGAAUAUGGAUGGACCUGCCCUGUUGUCUCAAUUGGCGAGGGAAGCCGCAGGGUCAGAGAUGAUGUUUAAGGCAAACAAGUUGGAUGAACGCGGGACACGCUAUGGAUUGGUUCAGUGCACAAGGGAUCUCAACAGUAGCGAGUGUGGUACAUGUUUGACGGCUCUGUUGGAGGAGAUCAGGCAGUGUAACUUCAAAGAGAGGGUGGGGUGGAGAAUUUUGGGCCCAAGUUGUAACAUAAGGUAUGAGCAAUAUCCUUUCUAUCAGCAACAAGCGUCGCAGUCUCAAGGAUUGAACACGAAAAUGAUCAUAGUCAUUACUAUAUCAACAGUUGCAGCAGUAGCAGUUAUAUCCGGUCUAUUGUAUUGUUUACUUUCAUCCAAGAAGAGAAGACAGGAGAUGGAUACAGGUGAACAAGUUCUGUUGAGAAAUUUGGGAGAUGCGAAGUCUGCACAAUUGAUGAAGCAAGAUUUGCAUUCAAGAGACGGAAACAAUGAUGAGGAAAUGCAUUACUUCAGUUUCAUUACCCUACAGGCUGCCACAAACAACUUUGCAGAUGAAAACCUACUUGGAGAAGGCGGCUUCGGUCCAGUUUACAAGGGAAAGUUGAUCAACGGGACAGAAAUAGCCGUAAAAAGACUGUCGUUAAAGUCGAGUCAAGGUCACGACGAGUUCAAGAAUGAAGUCAUGGUCAUAAUGAAGCUUCAACAUAAAAAUCUGGUCAGGCUUUUGGGUUGCUGUCUGGAGGGAGAGGAAGAGCUUCUUGUCUACGAGUACAUGGCUAACACUAGUCUAGAUGCCUUCUUAUUUGAUCCAGUUAAAUGCAAAGAACUCGAUUGGGUUAAGCGCAACAACAUCAUCAACGGAGUCGCAAGAGGAAUCCUAUAUCUACACGAAGACUCUAGACUUAAAAUAAUUCAUCGGGAUUUGAAAGCUAGCAAUGUGUUGUUGGAUGAUGAGAUGAAUGCAAAGAUAUCCGACUUUGGAACCGCCAGAAUUUUCGGAGGCAAGCAAGUUGAGGCAAGCACCAACAGAGUUGUUGGUACUUUUGGAUAUAUGGCACCAGAAUAUGCAAUGGAGGGAGUGUUUUCUAUAAAGUCCGAUGUCUACAGCUUUGGGAUUUUAAUGUUAGAAGUAAUAAGCGGGAGAAAGAAUAGCGGUUUCUUCAAAGUCGACAAUGCAAAAAAUCUUCUAUCGCAGGCAUGGCAACUAUGGAAGGAAGGCAGAGAAGAGGAGAUGGUUGAUCCGAACCUGGUUGGAGAUUGUUCUUUAAGCGAAGCUCUGAGAUGGAUCCAAAUUGCGCUGCUCUGUGUACAAGAAGACCCCAACACCAGACCCACCAUGUCAAUGGUUGCUCUAAUGCUUGGAAGCAAAUCGAUUCGCUUUCCUCAACCGUCAAAACCUCCAUUCUUUCCGAUUGGGUUCCCGAUGUCCGCCGAUCAAUCGUCAAUGACUUUACCGGGGACGGAAUAUUAUCUCUCCACUCAAUCGUCUACCACUGCUUCUAUAUAGCCGUACGCUUCACAAAUCUGAAGAAUAUUUCAGCUGUGUCUGCUGAUCAUGAGCGGCAACCCUGAUGCAUUACUUUAGAAAGAAAGAAAGAACGUGCUUGUUUAUGUUGUUAUGUUUACGAUUGAAUUACAGUAUUACACUGUUCAAAAUUAGAAUGGGUUCAAGUUCAACGUCA